CAUCCCACUCGAGUAGCGGUGUUGGUGGGUCUGGGGUCUCUGCCGAGCUCCUCCCCGAAUUGAUCAUGGCAGACGUUUCGGCCGCUUCAGGUCAUCUGCUUCCGCAACAGCAGCAGCAGCCGCCUUCACGCACGCCCGGCGCCCAUCGUGUGCAUAGUAGUUGUGACCGGUGCCGUAGCAGGAAGACAAAGUGUAUCGAUCCAAUUCCUGGACCCUGUCGAUAUUGUGCUCGCACUGGCUCGACUUGUCAGAUAGCAACGCCCCGCCGCAAACGGCCCUACUAUCAUGUUACCGAAGAAGAGUACCAGUGCUCCAUGCGCAUUCUGGAACACAUCUUCCCCGAUCGUGAACUUAACCUGGUGACUUUGAGAGGCAUUGCCAAGGACAUCACCGAUGGCAGGCUUGUCAAUCCCCUUUCGGGGCAACCCAUAUCCGUCAAGGAUGAGCCAUCCCCGGAAGACGAAGGUAGCCCCGAGGACUCGGACAAUCCGGUCUUGGAUUCUGUGAACGAUCUUCAUGAGCCGCUGGGCUGUAUGAUGCAGGAUUCGACCGGAAGGUUCAGGUAUGUGGGAGCUCACUCGGAAAUUCCGUUCAACGCUGCCGUUUGUUCCAUGGGAAGAGGCGUACAGAAUCCCAAGAUAAUAGGACCUCCCAAGCUAGGUUCGUAUCCCCCUCAAACUCUUACUCCAGCUUCAUCGGCGGAUCGGGAUUCCGUUGAACGAUUCAACCUUCCAAGGCGUGAGCUCUGCGAUUUCUAUAUCUCGAGAUUUCUCGAGGACGUCCACUGUACCCACUGGUUAUACUCCACCGAAGCCUUCCUCUAUAGAGUUGAUAGAACAUAUGCUGGCAGUGGCGAGUAUGCUUCCAACUCAUGGAUAUGUUCUCUUUACGCAAUCUUCGCCAUUGGCGCAGCUAGCUACGAGGAGCCGGCAGGAAGAUCUCCGCUUCCACCUGGCUCCCCUGCUGCCUCUGAUGAACGGACCUCGACCGACUAUAUAGCCUUGGCUAAGCAACUUAUCCCUAGCGCCUACGAUGAAGCCGACAUUGACAGUAUAAGAGCCAUGGCUAUCAUGAGUAUUGCUCUUGAGAAUGUAAUGUCAAGAACGAGUUCUUAUCUCUUCAUGGGAGCAAGCAUACAGAUGGCUUAUUCAUUGGGCCUGCAUCGUGAUCAGAUUCCGGACACAGCAGCGGCGAUGGAGCACGAACAAAGCCGGCGAAUAUGGUGGACACUGUUCAACCUCGAUCAAGAGAUUUCAUCAAGGGGUGGUAGUCCGUCUCUUAUUGAUGAACGGCAUUUAAAAAUCACCACGCCUCUUCCAUCUGAGCAAAUACUGUAUCCGGGAAUGCACACACCUUUAUCAUGGUUGUCAACCUCCAUUACCUUGUGCCGUCUGAAACGCGAAAUCAUCCAAGCAGUAUAUACCGAACGCAUCACAAAUUCACGUACCAUAUCCUUCUCUACAGUAACAAAUCUACUCAUAUCCUUGCAAGGAUGGCACUCGCUUAUACCGCCUCACCUCAAACACGAUGUUCCAAUAGCGCCAAGUCAUAGACGCGCAGUCGCUAUUCUACACCUCCAAUACUGGGGCACAACCAUUUUACUCUGUCGCCCUUUUCUUCUCUAUCUGGUACUGAGAUACAGCACCCUAGAUUCGUCCAAGAGAAUAUGGUUCGAACGUAUGGGGAAAGCAUGUAUCGAAGCAGCACAGAAAAGCAUCGCAAUUUUGCAGAAAAUGGGAGAAGACAACAUUCUUACCAGCCUUACCGCAUUUGACAGCACUUGCAUCCUCCGAGUAAUCAUGAUCUUCAUACUCGCUUACGCGCAUACCAAAAUCCCGCAAUACCGUUCACACAUUGAGACGGGGCUCGCGAUGCUCCGCCAGAUGGAGCAGAUUGGAUUUACAAAGAUGGUUACAGAGGAAACACCAAUUCGGGUAGCAGAACUCGGUAUUACAUUCGAUGAGGGCAAAGAGACUCAGCCUGGCGUGGUGCUUGACGACGCUUUGAUUGCCCAAUUAUGGAAUAAUUUUGAUCCAAACUACAUGACACCACUGCAAACCCAACAAACCCUAGAUCUCGCAUUUGAUGAUGCAAACUCCUACGAUCUCAACUCUCAGAUCUUGCAAUUCACCAGCAUAGACGAUUCGAUCGUGAUCGACCCCUCUCAAGCAUAUCAGCAAUUCGGCUACCGGUGA